AUGGCUCUCUUUCGUUUCUCGACACCAGUUCGUAAAGGAAAAACCGUAGCAGCGAAAAAUGGACGUAGAAGAUAUACACAGCGCUCCCAAGACUGUGAGGUCCGUAAUUGCUGCGCCACGGCACCACACAGCCAAUCAUCUGCAACAGCAGUCAGGGAUGCAAACGAGGAGCAGUUUGAUGAGCAUCUGCCUCCACGAUGUAGUCUAUGCCAUCGACCUCACGUCCUGAAGAGCUGCACCAUCUUCAAAAGCAUGAAGCCCGCUCAACGCCAACAGAUCGCCAGAGCCCACGGACACUGUAUGACUUGCUUGGCAGAUAGUCACUCCACCUUUGAGUGUACAACCGAGUGUAUAACCGACGGAUCGUGUCAAUAUUGCCAACGACCGCAUCAUACUCUGUUCCAUCGAUUCCCUGGACGAGCAAAUCCGUCCACUACGCAGACCAGUCACCGGCACAGACAACAAGGGAAUCCCGUCCAGCGCCAAAGAAUACAUCGCCCGAAGCCAUCCAGAGGGGCACGCUCGCGGCCAGCUCCCCCCAACCGAAUUGAACGCCGUAGUGAGCACUCUGCAACAGUUGCAGAGACUUCUAGGCAAUUAAUUCGCCUAGGGGGGCCGGGAUGUUCAUGCGACUUCUAAUCCCGCGACAACUAAGCUCACAACCCACCGUACA